AUGUUGGCAAUCGGAGACGCUAUUUUAAGGCUAGUUAACUUUUUGUUUUUAGUUAUUGCCUUGGGUUUGACUGGGUCAUUAUCUGCCACCACUGUCGAUGGACAAAACCCUCAAGUUAACUUUGCCGUAUUUGCUGCAGCAUUUGGUCUUUUAACCUCAUCCAUUUAUGGGGUAUUUGCCUACUUCAUCAAUGCAUUUGCCUGGCCAGUUAUCUUGUUCGUGUUUGACUUCUUGAACUUUGUCUUUUGUUUUGCUGCCGCCACCGCAAUUGCCGCUGGUAUCAGAGUCCAUUCUUGUUCUAACGAAGACUACGUUGACAACAACAAAAUCACCCAAGGUUCCAGUGGAAGAUGUAGAAAGGCCCAAGCCAGUGUUGCCUUUUUAUACUUUUCCACUUUUAUCUUCUUAGCUAGUGGAAUUUUCAGUGCAAUUUCCCUUUUCCAAGGUGGUUUGUUCGGAGCAAACAGACCUUCUGCAAGAAGAACCGGUGUUCCAACCAUGUCACAAGUUUAG